AUGCCCGCACCUACCAAUACCCUUCUCAUUGAGGGGUCGUUUACGGAGCUGUGCGAGGAGCUCGCUCAAUACAUCGACGUGCUCCGUUCCAACGAAGAAGGUGCCAGUGUCAACACCGAGAUUGCUCCUUUGCUCGAGCCUUUGCGGCAACAGGAACAGAAUGGCGAGGAUGCGAACUUAGGACAACGCGAUGAGGUCUUGAAGAAGAUUGUUGCUGCGGCUGCGGUUUUGAAUAAUGCUCCCGAGAAGGAGUUCAUCCCUGCUUAUAACCUCCUCGUUCAUCUCAUUCAGCAAUCCUCCGACCCGGAUAUCUUCCUUUCCCGAAUUUGCAUUUACCUGUCAAAACCCGUCACAUCCUCCGCACAAUUCGGCCCUUCGCUGGCCCUAACCAUUUUGACCACCAUCUUCAACACUCUCGCCCCCUCCGACUCAAGCCGAUACCAUGUCUUCCUUGCCAUUAUCGCCGUCAUCCGUCAAUCGGGUUCCACGUCUGCCUACGAAGCCCUGAAAGGUCAGUUAGUCUCUCAGCUCCCCAACUGGCUCGCCGCCUGGGAGCUCGACGAGGAGGAUGCCCAAAAAUUGCACUUGGCCGUUGCAGACGCCGCCGAAGCCGCCGGUGACAGCGAACUUGCGCACGCCCACAUCGUCGAAGCCCUCCAGUCCAUCGAUGCCAACGAAGCAUCCAGUAAGGAAAGUCGGGAACUUGCCAUCCGCGCUCUCACAUCUGCACUUUCUCACCCUGCUAUUUUCGAUUUCACAUCUCUGUCUGCCUCGGAUGCCGUGCAGGCCCUUCGGUCUAGCGACACUUCUCUUUUCGAGCUUCUUGAGAUUUUUGCUGCCGACACCCUCGAUGCAUAUGAAGAUUUUGUCUCGUCGACUCCUUUGAGCUCGAUCUCCGGUGGUGUGUUGGCGGAAUCUGGCGAUGCGCUUCAAACAAAGUUGCGUCUGUUGACGCUUGCUUCGCUCGCCUCUUCGACUCCCUCUCGUUCCCUGCCCUAUGCCACGAUAGCAUCCGCCCUUGGCGUCGCCGAUACUGAAGUCGAGAAAUGGGUCAUCGACACCAUUCGCGCAGGUCUUGUCGAGGGAAAAUUGUCGCAGUUGCGCUCUGAGUUCUUGGUCCACCGUGCCACAUACCGAGUAUUCGGCGAGAAGCAAUGGGCCGAAGUGCAGGGACGUCUGUUCGUCUGGCGUCGCAGCCUGGAAGGUGUCCUAAGCGUGAUCCGUACCGAACGCGAGCGAUAUGCACGCGAACUCCAGCAGCAACAGGCUGCAGCACAGGCCGCCGAAGAAGGCGGUCCUGCUGGCAAGGGAGGCGAUAAGAAGCUCGGCGACAGAAGACGGCCUCACCAGCAACAGAACCAGUCACAACCUCGUGAAGUUGAUCUUUUAGGCGAGGCUGACUAG